AUGUUCCGCGCUACCACAAAGUUCUUUACCAACAAACCGCCUGUUAUUAAGCGCUUGCAAGACAAGUUACUUAUCAACGGCAGAUUUGUACCUGCGGUUUCGGGAAAAACAUUUGAUGUGGUGAAUCCAGCAACGGAGGAGGUUUGUGCACACGUGGCGGAGGCGGCGGAGGCGGAUGUAGAUAUCGCCGUUACUGCAGCCCGCAAGGCAUUUAAUGAAUACCGCACCACAGAUGGAGCCUACCGUCGUGCUCUCAUGCUUAAACUCGCUGAUGCUAUUCACCGACAUCGUGAAGAACUUGCGGCUAUUGAAUGUCUUGAUAAUGGUAAACCCUAUACGGUAGCCCUUAAUGUUGAUUUAAUGUUGGUGGAGGAAUGUUUCCGCUACUACGCUGGAUGGGCAGAUAAGGUCUGUGGUCAAGUUCUCCCUGUUUCUGGAAAGAACUUUGCCUUCUUAAAGCGUGAGCCUGUGGGUGUGUGUGGACAAAUUAUCCCUUGGAACUUCCCACUCCUAAUGGCAGCAUGGAAACUCGCACCAGCGUUGGCAAUGGGUAAUGCUGUUGUACUUAAACCCGCUGAGCAAACCCCACUGGGGGCACUGCGUCUCGGUGAACUCGCCAUGGAAGCCGGUUAUCCAGCAGGUGUGUUAAAUAUUCUCCCAGGCUACGGGGCAACCGCCGGGGCACGACUGGCACUUCACCAGGAUGUGGAUAAAAUUGCCUUUACAGGAUCUACUGUUGUGGGGCAUCAAAUUAUGCGAAUGGCGGCGGAGAGUAACUUAAAGCGGGUAACACUGGAGUUGGGUGGAAAAUCACCACUUAUUGUCUUUGAAGAUGCCGAUCUUGAUGCUGCCGCCGAUGUAGCAUCGCAUGGUAUUUACUUUAAUAUGGGACAAGUCUGCACAGCAUCAUCCCGGAUAUUUGUUCAUGAGAGUGUACAUGAUGCAUUUCUGGCGAAACUUCGGGUGUUGGCAGAGUCCCGCCGCAUUGGUCCUGGUAAUGAUCCUGCUAAUGAUCUUGGACCACUUAUCUCUGCAAGGCAACAUCAACGUGUCCUUGAAUACAUUGAAAAGGGUAAGAAAGAAGGAGGUAUUGUGGUAACAGGUGGAGAACGGUGUGCUGGGCGUGGAUACUUUGUGAAACCCACCGUAUUUGCAGGGGUAAAUGAUAACAUGACGAUUGUACGUGAGGAGAUCUUUGGUCCUGUGGUAUGUGUAAUAAAAUUUAAAACGAUGGAUGAGGUUAUUGAACGCGCUAACAACACAACAUAUGGACUCGCUGCUGGUAUUUGCACGCCUGAUAUUGAAAAGAUUAUGUACUGCUCCUCAUUUUUGAAAGCUGGUACAGUGUGGGUAAAUUGCUGGAAUUGCUUUGAUGCUUCUAUGCCAUUUGGUGGAUUUAAACAAAGUGGUAUUGGUAGGGAAUUGGGUGAUCAAGCUCUUCAGCAUUAUACAGAGACCAAGUCUGUCUUCAUGGCACUAAAAGGUCCUUUGGUGAAGAACUAA